UGCCACUCAAACUGCGCGAGUCGCUAUUCUUCUGUCUGCGCUGUUGAUCGCCAUUGCGCCUCGCACGACCUUCCAGAUACGUUUGCGACCCUGUCUUGUACACCUUCAACGCGUCGCAACGCACAACGAUACUAACAAUCCACGACUACGCCGCCGUGACAUUUGGCCAUCGCGCGCAAGAGCUAGGAUAGCUGCAUACCUGACCGACACACCACAAUUCCCUACACAGACCCCAGGGCAGAUAGCGCAUAGCUGCAACCAUGAGCAGCGGUGGGAGUGACCUCGACAAAGCCAUACAACAGCUCCGUGCAUGUCGUCCCAUCCCGGAAAACCAAGUCCGGGAAUUAUGCUACAAGGCGCGUGAGCUGUUGAUCGAGGAAGGGAAUGUGGUUGGAGUAGAUGCGCCAGUGACGAUAUGUGGUGAUAUCCAUGGCCAGUUUCACGACCUUAUGGAGCUCUUCCGUGUAGGCGGAGACGUACCAGAUACAAACUACCUGUUCAUGGGUGACUUUGUUGACCGUGGUUUCUAUUCUCUCGAGUCCUUCCUCCUCCUCCUCUGCCUCAAAGUCCGAUAUCCCGAUAGGAUAACACUCAUCCGAGGCAACCACGAAUCGCGACAGAUAACGACUGUAUAUGGUUUCUACGACGAGUGCUUGAGGAAAUAUGGUAGCGCAAACGUGUGGAGAUACUGUUGUGAGGUCUUCGACUAUCUCGCGCUCGGCGCUCUGGUAUCUGGCGCCGCAACAUCCCUCCAGCCCACCGACGGGCCCAUCGCUGAGAACAGCAACAUGGAGAGUAUGCCUGACAUCGACCAAGACAUCGAGAUUGAGACACUCAACGCCAACGGCGAGAUUAUGUAUCGAUACGCGCGCAACUCGGACUCUCAGUCAAGCAUCACCUCGCAGGCAAGCGCUAACAUGGGCUCCUCCUCUCCAGUUGCUCCUACACCAUCGCGAGUCGGUGCUGCUGGUACGGGUGCUACAUCUUCCGCAAACGGGUCGAGCAGGAACGACACAGGCGCCAUCCUCUGUGUGCACGGCGGUUUGUCGCCCCUCGUCGAGACCAUUGAUAAAAUCAGGCUGCUCGACCGGAAACAAGAGGUGCCACACGAAGGCGCCAUGUGCGAUCUUUUAUGGUCAGAUCCAGAUGAAAUUGACGGUUGGGGCUUGUCACCACGCGGUGCAGGCUUUCUAUUUGGCGCAGAUAUUGUCAAAGUGUUCAACCAUAAAAACGACCUCAGUCUCAUCGCAAGAGCGCAUCAACUGGUCAUGGAAGGGUUCAAGGAGAUGUUUGAUUCGACAAUUGUCACCGUGUGGUCAGCACCCAACUACUGCUACCGUUGUGGUAACGUAGCUGCCAUCCUCGAGCUCGGCGAAGACGGAUCGAAUGCCGGAUUCCAACGCAGGAGUAAUGGCGACCGAGGCGGUGGAGGAGGAGGCUGGGUCUUGGGUUCGAACGCAGGCGCAAAUGGCGAGCGGCGCUUGAGUUCUGUGCUCGGCGACAGCAUGCAGAUGAAUAGAGACGGCCCUGGACGGAGGUACCGGGUUUUCGAGGCUGCGCCACAAGACUCUCGGGGUAUGCCCGCGAAGAAACCGGUUGCGGAUUAUUUCCUAUAGGAAGGGGAGAUGGAGGUGGAUGGGAAGAAUAGACAGGUUAGAAUACCGUUGGGUCUUCAUCCCGACAGUGCGCUCAUGAUGGAUUGUCGUGCAGAGUAUUUCUUGUGAGGGUGUUGGUGUUGGGGUGAGAUGGGGGAUUUGUGGAUAUGGAUACCCGAAUAUCACACUUGUGAAUGAGCC